AAAUGAUAAAGCAUUAUUAAAGGGCAUGAUUCGUCACAUCUGCUUAAAAUUAUUAAUAAAUUCAUAGUGCAUUACUUUUAUUUACCAUAGUAAUUUCAUUUUACAUUUAAUUCUGAAUGUAUAAUUUUAUAUUUUAUACAGUAAAAACCAAUCGUCUCGUGAUCUGGAGAUACUUCUGUAAAUAUGUCAACGAACGACCCCCCUCCAGAAUACACAGAAAUAAUUGACAGUUUUUCGGAAGUAGAAUUACAUGAUAUUAAAACCGAGGAUAUGGAAGAACAUGUCACACAAGAUCCCGCUACAGAGAAACAGACAGACAACAACCACACAGAAAAUGGACAGGCAGCGGAAAAUGCUUCAGUCCCAAAAUCGAAAACUUCAAAAAGGGCUGCCCUUAGACAGAUGGUUCGACCAUGUCUACGGGAGGCAAACCCUCUCCCAGAAAACCCAACAAUUGUAGAUAAAAUCAAAGACAUGUUCUUACUUCCCCCACAGGGAAUGGUGGGAUUCAUUUUACAAAUCACUAUAAUCUGUCUACAAAUUUGGGGGAUUCUGGCCGCCAUCACCGGAAGUGAGGCGCUACCUGGGGGAAAUUUCUUCUCUCUUAUUGUCUUGUUUGUUCUUUGCGUUAUAUGUGGACGUCUGAUUUCAUUCGCCAAUCUGCCCCCACUAUUAGGUAUGCUGAUAGCAGGAGUCUUCCUACGUAACGUACCUGGAAUCAAGAUUAUUGGAGAAAGCAUUGACCCAAAAUGGUCUGGACAACUAAGAAAGCUAGCUCUGACUGUAAUAUUACUCCGCGCUGGCCUCGGUUUGGAUAUUGUCAAACUCCGGAAGUUGUCCUUUGCCGUCCUUCGUCUCGCCUUCAUUCCCUGCCUGAGUGAGGCUAUAACAGGGGGAAUCGUCUCUCAUUUCCUGCUCGGAUUCCCUUGGGCAUGGAGCUUAAUGCUGGGAUGUAUCCUAGCAGCUUUGUCUCCUGCUGUUACGGUUCCCUCCCUCGUAAGUCUCCAGGAGCGUCGCUAUGGUAUUGCUAAGGGUAUUCCAACAAUGUGCCUGGCCGCUGGAGGAUUGGACAAUGUUCUCUGUGUGACGGGUUUUGCGGUGUUUGUUGGAAUCAUAUUUUCAGAAGGUGACCUGGCUGUGACAAUUGUUAAGGGGCCAUUAGGUGUUUUACUGGGAAUAGGCUAUGGCUUUGUAGCUGGAAUAAUGCUAUGGUUUCUUCCAGGAGAAGAUUCUACAAAUUCAUUAUUUUAUCGGGGGAUGCUGUUGUUCGGUUCCGGAAUGAUUGCUAUAUUUGGAAGUUCCGCUGUCGGUCUAUCCGGAGCCGGACCUUUGGGAUGUUUAACUACGGCCACAGUAGCGGCCUACAGAUGGCGCCAGGAGAGACAGCCAGGAGAACCCGAUGAAUUAGGAGGGAUUAUUGCGCUUGCGUGGUUGAUUGUACAACACUUCCUGUUUGGGCUUAUUGGUGCAGCUGUUGAUAUUGGCAACAUACAACCUAAUACUGCAGGCCUGGGCAUAGCUACUUUGUUCAUUGGUUUGUGUGUUCGUAGUGCCGUGUCUUUCAGCGUAACCUUAGGAACGGGUUUUAAUAUCAAAGAAAGGAUUUUCAUUACCUUAACAUGGCUCUCCAAGGCCACCGUUCAGGCUGCCAUUGGUGGUUUAGCCCUGGACAAAGCUUUAGAGGGAGACAAUGAAGAAGACAUCCGGAUGGGUACAGAUGUCCUCACCAUCGCCGUUCUUGCUAUUGUGAUAUGUGCCCCCGUGGGAGCCACUUGUAUGGGUGUGUUGGGACCCAGGUUUUUAGAGCAUGGAGACGAAGAAGAAAUAAGGGUGGAAUGUAGUGGAAGUGCUGCGACAUCAUCGAAUGGCAAAUGUCAGAAAGAAAUCGAAAUAAAAACUGUGUCAGAAACUAAAACACAAUGAAUCCAAAGACAUUGUAUGUAAAACUCAGUUGUGCUUAUUUUUACAUUUAACCCAGUUCAUAAA